AUGUCUACACAAACGCGAGUUGUCCCCGUUCAACGGCUCAGCCAAGGGCCCGGCGAUUUAUCUCUGGCAGAAUGGUGGGAGAAGGAGCGCAGCCAAAAAACGCCCGAGUCCCAGGCUAUCGAAGAAGCUGCCAAACUCCUCCGGUCCAGUGACAUCCCCGUCGCAUUUCCUACCGAGACAGUAUAUGGCCUAGGAGCCGAUGCCACGCGCAGUUCUUCUGUCCGGGGAAUCUACCGCGCCAAACAGCGGCCCUCGGACAACCCGUUGAUCGUUCAUGUCGACUCACUCGACAUGCUUGAGCGUCUCCUUAAUCCCACCCGUCAAGGCAGCCCAACCUCAACCAAAAUGCCGCCAAUCGCCCUCCCCUCGAUCUACAAGCCUCUGAUCGACAAAUUCUGGCCCGGCGCACUGACAAUCAUUCUACCUAAUCCAUCCGGAUCCAUACUGGCACCAGAAGUCACCUCCAGCCUGACCACAUUCGGCGUCCGCAUGCCCUCGUCUGCACUGGCGCGUCUACUCAUCCACGCAACAGACCGUCCCCUUGCCGCGCCAUCGGCAAAUGCAUCCACCAAACCGUCCCCAACAACCGCGCAGCACGUAUACCACGAUCUCAAAGACCGCAUCGAGAUGAUUCUCGACGGCGGCGCAUCCGGCGUCGGUGUCGAAAGCACCGUGGUAGACGGGUUAUGCGACCCACCAGCGAUUCUGCGCCCCGGCGGCAUCGGCAUCGACGAAAUCCGGAAAUGCGAAGGGUGGGAAAAUGUCGCAGUCGGCUACAAAGACGGCACGCUAGACGUGAAAGAGGUUCCACGCGCACCGGGCAUGAAGUACCGCCACUAUUCGCCAAAAGCACGGGUUGUUCUCUUCGACUCGACAUCCAACCCAGCCGGAGUGAUGAAGCAUGUCAAAAAGGACUUGAAUGACACAGCCAUUGGCGCACACAAAAUUGGCAUCAUCCGCACGCGGAACUGGAAGCUUGGCUUGGGGCUCGCUUCAGAAGAUGAUAUCGCCAGUACCAUGAACCCCGUAUCUUCUGCCAUUGAGAACAUUGUCAGUUUACCGAUUCCCUUGCUAGAGAAUGGAAACCCGAGUAGCCGCACGAAGAUGGCGUAUGAUUACCAUCUUGGUUCAGAUGCGGUUUCCAUCGCGCAUGGUCUCUUCGCCGCUCUGCGCGGGCUGGAUGAGCUAGACGUCGAUGUUAUUUACGUGGAAGGCGUGUCAGAUCGCGAGGGUGACCUGGCUGCAGCUGUCAUGAACCGGUUACGAAAGGCUGCUGGUGCUGAAAUGCGGGUUUAG